UUGCACACUUAGGGCAUCUCAAAUGCAACAAAUACUCCAUUUUCGGCACACUGCAAAGCGCAAACAGCAACGACAACCAACGAACGAACGACAAGCACAGCAAGCAAGCAAGAAACAGAACAACAAGUCGCUCAGCAACCCGCCUCAGCCACACACCCCAGCGACACACAUCGACAUGUCUGCAAAGGAGCCAGCCAACCCCGUCCAGCUUCUGGAGGAGGACGACGAGUUUGAGGAGUUUGCAACGGAAGAGUGGGGCGAGUCGGAGAAGUUGCCACAGGACGCACACAUCUGGGAAGACGACUGGGAUGACGACAACAUGGAGGACGACUUUUCAAAGCAGCUCAAGGAGCAACUUGCGGCGGUUCAGCAGAAGUCGUGAUUGCCGUCCAACCACCCACCAUCAUGCUUUUCAUGCAUGUCAGAUACACCUGUGAAGCAGGCACGCCUCGAAGUGGUGACACCCGUUGUUAUGUGUACAUGUGUGUUGUGUGUGUGUGUGUGUUCGUCUUUGAGUGGCUUGGUUCUCUUCUUUUAUCCGUGUCCCAUUGCGUACAUGCGUGCAAACGAGUGCAUCUCACGUCCCCACGGCAUCACCAGCCGUGCGCAAAUGAGUAAAUGACACCCACUCCUCCA